CUCGGGACGGGAGCUCAGUCGAUUGAUGGAGUUUUCGGACGGUUGUUGAGCUAUAGCUUUCUGUGCAUCGUGAGCAUCCACGCGGUUCUUCAAUUGAAUAUAGUAUACCUCAUUUGCUGGUGUCGAAAUUCUGGUGAAAGAUAGUGUGUAUUGAAUCGGUCGGUCCAGUACUACUUAUUUAUUGGCGGAAGUAUUUUCCGCACAUAAUACAAAUUGUUUCAUUGUUGGAUGGUGGCCACAUUCUUCGAGGAAAGUGAGCAACAGGUUCUCUACUGUAAGGGCUAAGGAGUGUGUGUGCUUUGGGGGACACUGGAGACCGUGUCCCAGAUAUUUUGUUGUACGAUUUCCUUAGUCGUUGUUGCCAAGAGAGCAAGAAUUAUGCCCCAGAGAACCAAGUGCAAAUUGAAAUUGUUUAGUAAAAAGUUUUCCAAUUAACCAAGCGUAACCGUCGAAAGAGCUUUCUGCCGUUGUGGCAAUCCGUGCGUCUGUACCGGUUUUCGAGCGCCUAGAAAGUUGUCGCUACAUCGGAAACCUUGGAAGCGGAAAAAUAGGGUUUGUCCUUCUCGCGGAAUUCCGUCCAAUUUGCGAGUGCGAAUUUUCGCUAGUCUUCGAACCCUCCCGGCACGGUUUACAUGACUGACUGUAAGGGACGGCAAAGUCCCCCCGGAGUCAAUCAUCGCCAAAGAGUCCCCCGAAGAAGCGUCCAGCUUCGGUGGAUCAAACCGAGCCUCACGGUUCUACGCUGGGCUGGUGGACAACACCUUCUUCCUCAGCGACACCCCAGACUGCAACUGAGUGCAUUCUUCAAGGAGAGUGUUACAUGAUGAUGAGUGACUGACUAGUGACUACCUUAAAGCAACCUCCCUAAAAAAAUUCGACCGGCAGUGCUGAUAAAGAAUUCGAUCUGUGACGAGGAAACCCGCGAGUGUCUACUUUAGAAAUCGUUUCUGGGCAAUACAAGAAGUUAGAUGUGACUGUACAACGUUGUGCGCCAUCGUUUGGGAGAAGUUUCCAGAAGCAGUUAUCAACCUCCCUGAAAACUGAGCGCUUUAUCGACUGUGAAGUGACGCAACGCCCAUCGGUGAUUGUGAAGGUAUAUUUUGGUUUUGUUUUGCUGUGGCGACUAGUUCCAACCUCUAUGGAGUUUCAGCUAGACAGCGCAGAGUACUGCCAGGCACAACACAAAUAAGCUACACGCCCCCGCAGCCACCUCGUGGAUCUCGUCGUGGCCAUCCCAAAAUUGUAAAUUAUUUUUUUAAAAGUAAAAAUCCAUCAUCAGCUAGAUAACUCAACAACGCAAAUAAAUAUCACCAAUCUCCCGAAGAAAAAAAAACCAUCCCAAGCCCUUUGGUGGUGGCGUCGUCGUCGUCCUCGUCGUCAUCCUGAGACCUUAGGCUGGAGAGAGCUCUAGGCUGCAGCAUCCUGGUCACCUCAUCGAGUGCAUCAACCACCACCUUCAUCUAGAAGCAGCGGCAGCAGCCACCAAUUUUUGGCACAGCGAUUUGCAUCAAUUCACUUAUUCAUUCAUAGCCCCUCCCACGCGCUCUGCAAGGAAGAAGCGCCCUUAGGAACGGUUCAAUCUUUCCCUCUCGUUCGUUCGUUCGUUCGAAGUUUGGUGUAGGAAGGACGUGCUUGUGCAGCAGAUUUAGUCAGUUUCCAGUGGAAGAAUAUUUUUUUACGAAAAAGCAUAAGAACGGUUUCCGGUUGCCCACCUUUGUUGGGACCGCAAGAAAGGAAAAUUCAUAUCCAUCAAUCGCUGUAAAGGAGACUGGACUCUGGUGAAGUAAACACAGGAAGACGAAGAAGAAGAAAGGAGGCAAAAGAUAACACAACACAAAUUGGAAGCAGGCUGAAGAUAGCACUCCCGCAUACUUACCUAAGUUUGAUUCGUUACGUUUCGUUCCGUUUCCGGACAAGUGUCAAUCAGAUUUGAAGUCCCUUUUUGGGAGGUGUGAAUUUGUGUGGCGAUAGAGCAAAAAUAUCAGUUUGCAAGCUUCCCUCAACGGCAACCCUUUACCGUUAAUUGUCCAUCAGAGCAAAUUUGGAAGAACGAGCAGUUCGAUUUUGGACAUCGGAACAACAUUUCUGAGGUAAUCCCAAAUUUGACACACAACGACAAGAAACGGGAAGCGAUCGUCACAAUAAGGAAGGCAGCCGAAGGAUAAAGAUAAACUGAGGAAAAGCCAUCAGCUGUACUGUACUGAACCCAGUUCUAUAUCGAGAUCCCGACACUGAGGCAGAGAACUUUUGCUGUGACAGUUGAUUCAUCACCAUCAUCAUCACUGUUGUUCCGAUUGUUGACACACGAGAACGAACGAGAUAUUCUCCGUCUCGAGAGAUCGGAAGGGAUUCAUCUUGGAAGCGCACCAGCAGAUAAGACCGAUCUCCUGCUCCGAACCCAUCAAAAAUCAUCCGGAGAACUGUGUGAUAUCGUGGCUGCCUGGGCAGAUCCGAGAUUCUGUGGUGCAAAAAUUCCGACGCAAUUUGGUGUUCCGAAGUGAAAUAAGAGUGAUCCCAUCUGACUUAGAUUUCGUGAAAUCGAACCGAGAAAAGCGUACCGAAGCAAAACAGUGGAAAAUAAUCUAUCGAAUUGUUCUAUAAUUUGUGAUAUAGUAUACAGCUUAUUUGUUUUAAGAAUUUGAUUUUAAUCUUGUGUGCGUCGUAAGGAAGGUAGAAGCUAUUCCGUGGGGCUUGUUGGAUUUUUGCCAAUUUCGGUUUUUGAACAAGCAUCCAGUAGGGCCGGUGUGUUAUCAUCGUAAUUCAGGAUCCAGAAAGGAAAACAAGGCGAGGAUAUCUAUCUAUCUAACCCCACAAAGUCAUCAAAGCAGCUACAACGACGGCAGCGGCAUCCGUAAGCGAGCGACCGAGAGGGGACAAUUUGCGGCAGCCACUGCGGACCCUUCAGCUUCAGCAGCAGCAGGGAUCGGCAACAACUAACUUUCGAGGCGGCGGACAACGAUUAAUGACAACCGUCAUCAUGCGUCAGAAGGACAUUCGACCUGCUCCGGCCCGGAUCGAGUUUAAGGGCAUGAAGUUCCUGAUCACCGACCGUCCAUCGGAUCACAAUAUCCACUCCUAUAUUGCGGAGCUCAAGAAGCACAACGUGGUGGUGGUGGUUCGCGUCUGCGAGCCCAGCUACAAGAUCGAGGAGCUGGCCAGCCAGGGCAUCGUGGUGCGGGACCUGGCCUUCGAGGAUGGCACCUUCCCGCCGCAGAACAUCGUCGACGAGUGGUUUGAAAUUUUGAAGCAAAACUUUCUUUACAGAUUCCACGAGGAUACGGAGGCGUGCGUGGCCGUGCAUUGCGUGGCUGGACUCGGCCGGGCACCGGUUCUGGUAGCGCUGGCGUUGAUCGAACUCGGUUUGAAGUAUGAGGCGGCCGUCGAACUGAUUCGGGACAAGAGGAGAGGUGCUAUCAAUGCCAAACAGCUGUCAUACUUAGAGAAGUAUAAGCCCAAGUCACGACUAAAGCACAAAAAUGGUCACAAGAAUUCGUGCUGCGUGCAAUAAAACUAUCAAAAAUCCCACCAGUUAAA